AUUAUCUACCAAUAUAGCGCGACCCUUAUCUCCAACCUAUGCUUACAGCAGAAUCUUAGUCAGAAUGACUUAAACAUUCGAACGCUGAUAAGCACGGGUAUUAAUAUAGCAAACGCUUAUUACUAUGAUAUCAUUCACCAUUCUGUCUCAGUGACGUUGAUAUACCCGUUUUUGGCCGUGAACAUGGGCGUUGUGUCUCGGAAUUGGUUGUACGUGAAAAAAUUCGAUGGAGAACCUACGGACGAGAAUUUCCAGCUGACCGAGGAAGAACUACCAGCCCUUGAGGAUGGAGAAUUUCUCGCCCAGGCCGAGUUCCUCAGUGUGGAUCCCUAUAUGCGACCGUACAUGGGUAGGUUCCCGGUUGGGAGUCUCAUGAUUGGUGGACAGGUUGCGAAAAUUGUGGAAAGCAAGCAUGCCAAGUUCCCGGUAGGAGCAAAGGUGUUCGGACAGUUCGGAUGGCGAACACACACAGUGUGCAAUCCUGAUAAAACUCAAGGUGAUAAACCGUACCUGCUUCCAGACUUUGGAACACUGCCAUCGAGCCUGGCUCUCGGUAUUUUGGGUAUGCCCGGUAAUACGGCAUAUUUCGGAUUCCUGGAAAUAUGUACCCCGAAGGAAGGAGAAACUGUCGUGGUCAGUGGUGCAGCGGGUGCCGUAGGAAGUGUUGUUGGCCAAAUUGCAAAGCUUAAAGGUUGUCAAGUGAUUGGUAUUGCUGGAUCAGACGACAAGUGCCAGUGGCUCAAAACGCUCGGUUUCGAUCACGCGAUUAACUACAAAACCGAGAAUGUCCUUGAAGCGUUGAAAACGGCAGCACCUAAAGGAAUCGAUUGUUAUUUCGACAAUGUCGGCGGAACAAUUACCGAGUCGGUGAUGCGGCUUAUGAAUUUAUUCGGUCGGAUUUCUGUUUGUGGUACCAUUUCAAAUUACAACACUGGCCCAACCAUGGUCCAAGAUCCCCAGAGAGAUUUUGUCUUCAAGCAGUUGAAAAUGGAAGGAUUUAUCGUCAGCCGAUGGCGCGACCGCUGGCUGGAAGGCAUUCUAGCAAACCUGGAUUGGAUAAAGCAGGGUAAACUGCAAUAUGAGGAAACCGUUACAAAGGGUUUCGAUAACAUGCCGAAAGCAUUCAUGGAUAUGUUGAAAGGUGGAAACACUGGCAAAGCGAUUGUUAAAGUUGAGUGAUACUAUUACUAUUAAGAUCUAGUUCUAUAAAUGUCGAAAAAAAUGCAUUUAGUUAAUUGUUAAUGUGUGAAAAAAUAAAUUGUUAAUAAAAAUUAUAAUUUCACGGCAGCUAUGAACCUAA